AGUUUUAUGUGGAAGACAUUAUUUUUUGAUCUGGUUUUUUUAGUUUGAUUUGUGUGUUUCAAAUUGAAGGGAUGUUUUUUUGCUUAUGUCUAUGGUGAGUUCUUGAAAAGUUUGAAUUUUUAGUAUAGCUGUUCUUGAGCUCAAUGGUAAAAAUGUGGUUUAUGGAUUGUUCUGAUUAAGUUAAUGUUAAAAUUUUACACGAAAGGUAUGAUUUUUGAUCUGGGGUUUCUAGUUUGAUUUGUGUUUUUUCAUUAUCAUGUUCAAAUUUUUGAUUGAAGGUAUUUUUUUGUUAUCUUUAUGGUGAAUACCUUAAAGAUUAAACCUUUAAGUUUAGCUGUUCUUGAGCUCAAUGGUAAAAAUGUGCUUAAUGGAUUGUUCUGAGCAUUUUUUUUAAUGUGGUAUUUAGGGAGAAGCUCUAACUUUCUUUGCUGAUAAACUUUUGGGAGGUUUUAUAAGUUUAAGUUGAAGUUUUAUAUUUGUCGGUUAAUGUUAAAGUUUGACGUGAAUGACAUGGUUUUUUGAUCUGGGGUUUCUAGUUUGAUUCGUCUUUUUUCAUUAUCAUGUUUCAAAAUUUGAUUGAAGGGAUCUUUUUUUGUUAUAUUUUGAACUUUUGAUUUAGUUGUUCGUGAGGUCAAUGGAAAAAAUAUGCACGGAUGCCCCAGUGCAGAGGUGUGAGAGGUUGGCUAUAGAUGGUUCUAGGUGAGGUAGAGAUAGGCUGAAGAAAUACUGGAGGGAGGUGAUUAGACAUGACAUAGAACAGUUACAACUUACCGAGGACAUGACCUUAUAUAGGAAGAUGUAGAGGAUAGAAUUAGGGUAGAAGGUUAGUAGGAAGGAGUGCGUCCUUGAUAGUAAGUAGGAGUGCUUUGUUUUGUUACCUGUGCUAGUAGUUAUAGUGCUAUGCUUGUAGUGUCUUGUCCUUGGAGUUUUGGUGAUGUUUGUUGCUUCUAGGAACGGAGCUAGGUUGUGGCCGGGGUUCAUCCGAAUUCCUAUCGGCAGAAAAUUAUACUAUUUAUAUACGUUUGAAAUUAUUUUUUAUGUAUAUAUAGUAGACGUCAAACUCCCUACGGCUAGUUUGUGUGUCUACUUCUUUAUAUUUUGAACUCGCUUAAUGAAAAUUCUGAUUCCGCCACUGGUUGUUUCAGUUAGAUCGUUUGUAGCAUUAGUUUGUGGUAGUAUUGUUUCUGUUAUUAUCUAUUCUUGUGUUACUACCUAUGGUUGCUUGUUUUCCUAUUAUGCCUUUUCGAGACUGUUUUUUGUCUUGAGCCGGGAUCUAUCAGAAACAACACCUCACCUCUGAGGUAGUGAUACAGACUGCGUACGCUUUAACCCUCCCCAUACCCCAUUUUGUGGGAAUAUACCGGGUAUGUUGUUUUCGUCGGAUUGUUUGUUCCGAUCAAUUUUUGUUUUUUAGCAAAAAAAGAAAGAGAUUAAGUGGCUUUCCGAGUCACUAUAAUUUGUCCUUUAUCAGUUAAUGUUCAUAUGUUUUCUUGUUCAGAUUGAUUUCUAUGGUCCUUGUGAUCUUUAUUGAACAGGGGUUUUAGCUUAUGUCUAAUUUGAACGGUCCCUAUUUUGUUCGUUUAUUACUUGGUGAAAUAUUUUUGUGAAGGUGUUAAUCUUGAUAUGGGGUUUCUAGUUUGAUUUUUGUUUUUCAGAUAUCAUGUUGAAUUUUUUGGUUGAAGGGAUCUUUUUUUUGUUAUCUCUAUGGUUCAAGUUUUUGAUUGAAGGGAUUCUUUUUUUAAUCUCUAUGGGAGAAGCUCCAGCUUUCUAUGCUGAUAAUCUUCCGGGAGAUAUUCAAAAGAAAGUUGAUGCACAAUCCGAGUGCAAUGAAAGAACUGUCGUUGUUGGCAGCAAAAUAUAUGUGAUUGAUGGGGUUGAUCAUGAGUCGGGGUCGACUAUUGGAGUUCGAAUCUUUGAUAAAUCUAGUGGGGAAUGGAUAAACCCCACCGUGUUGGGAACAAAACCCAAGUCGUCUAAGCACCACUCAGCUGUGCUUUUAAAUGAUGAUCGCGUGUUAGUUGUCAGAGGGAACUCCGAUUCUAGUGAAUGCUUGUGGUUUCUUGAGGUGGGCACCCCCUUUGUUAAAGAACAUGAAAAGAAUUUAGGGGAUGAGGUGGUUGCCUGGAGCAAAGGAGUUUUAGGCAAUGCCGAGAAGCCCAUUGUCAUUAGUGGCCCUUCGGGAGUGGGUAAGGGCACCUUAAUAUCAAAGCUAAUGAAAGAAUUUCCAUCCGCUUUCGGAUUUUCUGUGAGCCACACAACCCGAGCACCAAGAGAAAAGGAGCAGAAUGGGAUUCAUUACCAUUUUACCGACCGCAAUGUGAUGGAGAGAGAGAUAAAGGAUGGCAAGUUCCUCGAGUUUGCUUCUGUUCAUGGUAAUCUCUAUGGAACAAGUGUAGAAGCUGUUGAGGUAGUUGCUGAUGCUGGCAAGAUAUGUAUCCUUGAUAUCGAUGUUCAAGGAGCAAGGUCUGUGAGGGCUACCGCUCUUGACGCCAUUUUCAUUUUCAUCUCUCCUCCUUCUUUUGAAGAGCUUGAGAAGCGUCUUCGUGCAAGGGCAACUGAGACUGAAGAACAAAUCCAAAAGCGUCUCCAGAAUGCUAGGGCAGAACUUGAACAAGGGAAAUCAUCUGGUCUGUUUGAUCAUAUAUUGGUAAACGAUGACCUUGAAACUUGUUAUGAGAAACUCAAGGACAUUUUGUGCCUAAGAGACGGCGUGAAGUCUGCUUGUAACACAUUUCCAGAAUCAGUCGACUUGUCCAUCGAACAUCCAGUGUCAAAGAUUGAUCAAAAGCUUAUGAUCAACUGUACCACCGCCGAACAUGAAAAGGCAUCGAAUAACAUGUAUGCUUUGAACUUGUCUUUGAUCAAAGGAGGAGCGCCAGGACGGACAAGAGGACUAAACAUGUACGCCGUCAAUCCUUUGACUGAUGAUGUAAACGGAACAUCACACAUCCCAGAACUUAAUGGUAUCCAGUUUUGACCGAAUACUUCUUUUCUUCUUUUAAGUCGAUACAGAGGGCUCGAGCCUCUUUGAAAGAACACAAUUUUGACUUCCUGAGGUCAUCGUUGGAGUGCAAGAAUGAUUCGAUCCAUUAUGUCACCUUCCCAUCCUCUAUUCAGGAGGAUCACUCAAAGAAAAAGUGUGCUGGAUAUUUCAUUCAUCUUCUAAAAGAAAAAUCGUUUAAAUGUAGUCAUUGCCAUGAAGUUUCAAAUUCCAUUGACCAUAGCUUCACGCGAUCAUCGUGAUGCUGCUUUCCCUUCUCUUUUCAAUGUUGCUAUUGAACUUUUACAUCUAUGAUUAUAUCAAAGUUAAGACAAUAUCUUAUAACA